CUUCCUACGUCAAUGCCUCAAUCCCCAUGGCAACUGCCAAUCAGCUGUAAGCGCUAAUGUCCAAGGGAAUCCAUCCGUUUAGCUGUAAACGCAGUUUCAAACAAAAGAAAGUUAACGUGCAAAGUAUAAUGUCGAGUCUUAACCUCUCCCGUUUAGUAUGUAAGGGAAGUUCCUUUUGCUCCAAACCAUUGCUGCCUUCGAUUUCCUGCUGAGAGCCAAACCCUCCGCCCGGACCCACUGUCGUACCUCAAACGCAUUGAGAAUCAUUGGGAUGCAGUCAACACACAUAUUGCAAUAAAUUCAGAGGUGGGAUGACUGGGUGCGGAUUUGGGGGAGUGCAGCGUUGAAUCUCCCCUCCCGGCAGGGCUGCUGUUGCUGAGGUCCCGGAUCCAGGGUGUGGUCGGCAGAGGCGGAGCGAGGGAGCGGGCGCCGCGGCCAGUGGGGCAGAGGCAGUCAGCUGGGGCUGUUCGCGUCCUCUUUACACACAGCCAGACAGUCUCCCUCUCCCCCUGCCUCCGCCGUUCGCCCGCCUCGACCCUGCACCAGUGGAAAGGUGGAGGCCAUGCGUGGACAGUGAAGGGGGAACGCGGGCAAGCGGUGACAGGAAAUCCCCGGAGCAGGAGCGCUGUGGAGGGGCCGGAAUCGCGGCGGCUGCUGCUGCUGCUUACCAGAUCUGCUUUGUACUAGUGUGCCUGGGCAUUUUGAUACCAAGCAAGGAAAAUGAGUGAACUGGAACAGUUGCGGCAAGAAGCGGAGCAAUUGAGGAAUCAAAUUAGGGAUGCAAGGAAAGCUUGUGGUGAUUCUACCCUAGCCCAGAUCACAGCUGGUCUAGAUUCAGUGGGUCGAAUCCAAAUGCGCACAAGGCGUACACUGAGGGGGCAUUUGGCUAAAAUAUAUGCCAUGCACUGGGGAUCAGACUCCAGACUUUUAGUCAGUGCAUCUCAAGAUGGAAAACUAAUCAUCUGGGACAGUUAUACAACUAAUAAAAUGCAUGCUAUCCCUUUGCGAUCAUCCUGGGUUAUGACAUGUGCUUAUGCUCCAUCUGGAAAUUAUGUUGCCUGUGGUGGACUAGACAACAUCUGUUCAAUUUAUAGCUUGAAGACUAGAGAGGGUAAUGUUCGAGUAAGCAGGGAACUGCCGGGGCACACAGGUUACUUAUCAUGUUGUCGUUUUCUGGAUGACAACCAGAUUGUUACAAGUUCAGGAGACACAAGUUGUGCUUUAUGGGAUAUUGAAACAGGCCAUCAAACCACAACGUUUACAGGACAUACUGGGGAUGUCAUGAGUCUCACAUUAAGUCCUGACAUGAAGAUUUUUGUUUCUGGUGCUUGUGAUGCUUCUGCCAAACUCUGGGAUAUUCGAGAUGGAAUGUGUCGACAGUCAUUCACAGGGCAUGUAUCUGAUAUUAAUGCAGUUUGCUUUUUCCCCAAUGGAAAUGCAUUUGCCACUGGGUCAGAUGAUGCUACCUGCAGGCUGUUUGAUCUCCGAGCCGAUCAGGAGCUGAUGAUGUACUCGCAUGAUAACAUCAUCUGUGGGAUUACGUCAGUUGCAUUUUCCAAAAGUGGACGCCUCCUGCUUGCAGGCUAUGAUGACUUUAAUUGCAAUGUUUGGGACUCUUUAAAGGGAGAUCGUGCAGGAGUACUUGCUGGACAUGACAAUCGUGUCAGCUGUUUAGGCAUCACUGAUGAUGGAAUGGCUGUAGCAACAGGAUCUUGGGACAGUUUUCUGAAAAUCUGGAAUUGAGGUAGUUGCCUGUUUAUUUGGACUACCUAUGCUGCAACCAACAGCUUUAAAAUAACAUUCUUUUUAUCAAGUAUUUGCAAGUGACGUUUUUCUAUCACUGAAUACAAUUGUAUAACACAAGGCUUAUGUAAAGUAGGCAAAUCUAAAGAAGAGGAAAAAAACCUGACAGCUGCUAACUUUGAGGCUGGCACAUUAUCACGGUGACUAGGAAAAUAUUUCAAACUAACCAUUGUUUAGUUUUAACGUCUGCAUUGUUUGGAGGUUCUUGUUUGCUCAUCUGCUAAUCUGUAUUUUGUACAGAAUGUACACAUUACAGCAGCUAAUCAUGUAACGUGUAUGUGUAAAGAAAAGUCACAUUUUUAAAGCUAAUUUUCUAACCUGUAUUUAUCAAAUUACACUGAAUUUAGUGAUAAACCAAUUGCUGUUGAGAUUUUCCUCUUGUGAAUUAACUUAUUGUGAAAGAUUUAACUUUGGUCAUGUGCAAACGUGCUUGUUUCUUGCAGCAGUUUUUAAUUAUACAGAACAUUCCGUCUAUAUUUUGAUUUAUUUAUGCAUUUGCAAUAAGCACUGCUUAAUAUGCCUGCUGUACAGAAACAGGAUCUAUCAUGACAAACUAAAUGUUGUUGCACAUUUAUAAGAAAAUGCAUGUAUGUCAGCCCUUCAUCAUUGCAGCAACACCCACUAAGUGAUUUAUACCUAGAACAGGUAGCACAUUCUCUGUUUCUCUGUACCUGAGUCUGUCCUCUCCGUCAACCCCCUCACCAUUCACUAUUUCCUUCAUCUCUGAUAGGGGUGUCAUUUCAUGGACUAACACCACUCCAGUCAGUAUAUUGCUCAAGGCUUUUGUCUGCACCUACCUGGACAAUGAUCGGCUGUAUAACUGUGCAUAUCACAGUUGAGCCUAAUGACCUCAACUAGCAUCAUCUUGUGCACUUUCUAAUAAAUACUUGACUAGGACAGGAUUUACUGGGUUUAUUGUAUUCUCCUCUUAUGCAUGCGCACAUGCCUGCCAUUCAAAAGUCAGUUAAAACACACAAUGAGUGACUGAAGCUGGUGCCUUCCUAAUUCAUCUGACUUGGUGUCAUACAGUGCAUUUAGCUGCUGGACCAUUGGAGUUUUGCUUGAAAUUAACAUUCAUGAUAAGUGGGAGAAAUCAUUUUUUUUCAUUCAGUGAAUAUGUGCACUAUUUUAACCUGAAAUUCAAUUUACACUAUGUAAACCUAAAUGGCCUUUAUCUAAAGUGCUUAUUACUGCAAUGUGGAUUUUAAAAAAAAAGUAGCAUUUCUUAAGAUGGAAAAAUAACCAAAUCAUUUAGCAUUAGUAACUAUGAAACUUGUUAUACAGUAUAAAAUGUAUAGUUUACAUGGUGAUUAUUGAAAUUUAGUUUAGAUUUUGUUGUUCUUACUUGGGUUGCACAAAUCAUGUUGAUUUUAAUGUGGCUUUAGAAUGUUAUGACUAAUCUCUCCAGUGUUGUAAACUACUCUUUGGUGUAAUAUAUACCCUUUAAACCAUGUGAAUCCAGUGUUUACAUUGCCAAUAACAGGUUUGUAGAACUCAAUUUAACAGCAAAGUCAGAGUUUUAACUUAUCAAUACAAGCAACUUUGUUAUGAUGGUUAGCUUCCCCCCCCCCCCCCCCCCCCCCCCAGAACAGCAGCUUUGGUGGAAAAAUAGUAAGUGUGCUUUUCCUUAAAACAAGAACAUGCAUAGAUCAGUACUUUACAGUUCCUUAAAGUCAGGCCAGUAUGUUUUGUGCAGAUUUUAAAAUUUUCAUUUCCUCUGGAGCAAUCUAAGAUUUUUGAGUUGAAUCUGAUAAAAAAUCAAAUCUGAUAAAUGUAUACAUGUGUAUUCACCUCUUUCCAAGUAAUAGCAUGAAAUCUGGUCUUCAAAGGGUGGCACUAAUCAAUUUAUAUAGAAUGGUUUAAACUUCUGUACUUCACAUUGUGCCAAUAAUUAGCUUUGAGUGUUGAACUUGUUUUUUUUGUUACAUAGAUUUUCAAAACCUUUUAACUUGUUUAUAUUAAUUGUAAUCAGCCAUUCUUUGAAAUAAACAAUUGUCAUUCAAUCCUAUUCCAAUUGUCCACUCAGAAUCAAUGUCAGUGAAUUAAUUAGCCAAUACUAUGCCUUUUGAUUUUGCAAUCUGCUCAACAAAAAAUUUUCAUUGAAGAUUGCUUGGCUUAACCUGUCUGGGGUGUGCUGUUGCCUUGCACAGGAUUUUCUCAUUCCCUACAUAGAAUUUUAAAUAUAGAGGCUGACUUGGUUCACAAUGUAGUUAAAUUUGGAUCAGACUAAGCUAAUAUUGGAAAUGUUGAAAAAUAUAGGUAUUGCCCAUUAGGAUAUCCACCUUGGAAGGUGAAGCAUGCACUUACUACUACAAUGCCAUGCAAUGCAUAGAGCUCAAAUUAUCCCCUCAAAUGCAUUGCUUCUAUGACAGGGUAGCCUGAAGAAUGAGGAUAAAAUGAGCUUCUCAUAAUUUGUUGGACUCAAACCAGUAAAAGGCUUGAACCUUUGAGUGGGGAUAUUUAUACUGUAAAAUAUGGAGAAUAUAAAUGCAGUUGUGUAAUUUGCUGUCAUGUUUAGUUUUAGUAUUAGAAUCAGUCUAAAGUGCAAAACCAAUUUUUCCAGCCUGUACAAAGAGAGCUUUACAUAAUUAAUGUUCCUUGAAUUUCUGGUUACAGCAUUAACACCAAUUUUGUAAUACUGUAUUGUCUUUAGAUUUUGUAUUAAUAAUUUUAUUCUGCAGCCAAUAAAACCAGCAAUUUGUGCCAUGUUUUCUUCUAUUGUGCUAUUAUAUAAAAUAUGAACAGAUCUUCACUAGCUGUAUCUUUGUUUAGUGUUUCCACAUCAAUAUUUCCUUUUUGUAUAUGUACAGUGGCUUUGUGAAACUAAUGUUGCGAUUAAAUUGAUUGUAACCAAUAAAAAAUGCUUUUAACCAA